AUGAGCUUCUCGAAUUGUUCAUUUCCACGCCAGGGCGACACAGAGCCCGCCCCUGUUGCAGGCUCGGGCUCUGAAACCUAUCCGGACUCUGAUUCAUCUCCAGAUGAUGAUGUGAACUCGAAGUGGGCGCUGGUAGAGGAAGUGAGAGACAAGCUUGGUCUCGUGAUCCCGGACAUUGACUAUGUCAAAGAAAGAGUGAAUAAACCUGAAGCAAGUCGCCUCUACGAGGAAGUACGGGGAAAGGGCCUUUACAAAAGUUGGCUCAAAUCAUCAAACUCAGAGAAGUUGUUGAUUUACUACCAACCCGGGAAGACUGACGCCCUCAAGGGUGCUUCGCCGCUUUCUGAACUCUGCCUGCGUGCGAGUUACGACUUUCUCAACCAAGGGGAGCAACCCCGCGAAGGGAAGAAUCAGCACCGCAAAAACAUUGUUCUCUUGUGGUAUUCUAGUCAGCACUCUGGCGAGCCCCAACAGGGAUACAAGAGUUGCGACAAAAGUCCCUGGGCGAUGCUGGGGUCUCUGACAAGCCAGCUCAUCACAGCAUGCCGAGACAAGGAUCUUCCUAUGAAAGGCCUGGAGAAGUACAAUGCUCGCGCUAUCACCCGACACUUGAGGAAUCGGUUGGAGCUCUUCAAGAUGUUAGUGCGGCAGAUACCAUCCGGCUACAAGCUCGCAUGCGUUAUUGACGACGUCUGCUACUUUGACCAGCCUGAGCUUUGGCACGGUGCGAACCAGGUCUUUGAGUUCUUACUUUCGCUGGACAAGGACAAGGAAGUAAAGGCCAAGGUCAGCAUGUUCUUUACAAGUACAGUGAAGCCAAAGCUUGUGUAUGAUUACUUCAAAGAGCCGGAUCGUACUAUUAUCUACGAGGACAUCUAG